AUGUCUGAACAGGCUGCUACCGCUACAGAAGUCCCAAAGGAGGAACAACCAGUUGUCCUGGGCGAAGAUGGCCAACCUCUAUCGAAAAAGGCGUUGAAAAAACUGCAAAAGGAACAAGAAAAGCAGAAGAAGAAAGAGGAGACUGCCCGUAGAUUGCAGUUGGAAAAGGAGCAACGUGAGAAGGAUGAGGCAAGUGCUCCGGAUUCCGCUGCCGCCAACUACGGUAAGUUGCCGUUGGUUCAAUCUCUGCCAAGCGCAAGAACUAACGAGUCAAGAAUCAAGUUCGAAGACUUGACGGAGGACAUGAACGACAAAGAGGUCCUCUUCAGAGCUAGAGUACACAACACGAGACAACAGGGUGCUACUUUGGCAUUCUUGACAUUGAGACAGCAAAGCCAAUUGAUCCAAGCUUUGCUCAGAGUCAACAAGGAGGGCUCCGUCUCCAAGAAGAUGACUAAAUGGGCUGGUUCUUUACACUUGGAAUCCAUUGUCUUGGUCCGUGGUGUUGUGAAGAAAGUCGACGAGCCAAUCAAGUCUGCCACCGUCCAAAAUUUGGAAGUUCACGUCACUCAAAUCCAUAUCAUCUCCGAAACUCCAGAAAACUUGCCAAUUCUAUUGGAAGACGCUUCCAGAUCCGAAGAAGAAGCUGAAAGAGCAGGUUUGCCGGUCGUAAACUUGGACACUAGAUUAGAUGCCCGUGUUAUUGACUUAAGAACUGCCACCAACCAAGCUAUCUUUAAGAUUCAAUCUGGUGUCUGCCAGUUAUUCAGAGAAUUCCUGUACCAAAAGAAAUUCAUGGAGGUCCACAGUCCAAAGUUAUUAGGCGCUCCAAGUGAAGGUGGUGCUUCCGUUUUCGAAGUCGCUUAUUUCAAAGACACCAAGGCUUACCUAGCUCAAUCUCCGCAAUUCCACAAGCAACAAUUGAUGGUCGCUGAUUUUGAAAGAGUUUUUGAAAUUGCCCCGGUUUUCAGAGCUGAAAACUCCAAUACUCACCGUCACAUGACCGAGUUCACUGGUCUUGAUUUAGAAAUGACGUUUGAAGAAAACUACCACGAAGUGUUGGACACUCUAAGUGAAUUAUUCGUUUUCAUCUUUAUAGAAUUGAACAAGAGAUACAAGAAGGAGAUCGAUGUUGUCAGAAAGCAAUACCCUGUCGAAGAGUUCAAAUUGCCAAAGGACGGCAAGAUGAUCAAAUUAACCUUCAAAGAAGGUAUAGAAAUGUUAAGAGCCAGUGGCAAGACUGAAGUCGGUGACUACGAUGACUUAUCCACCGAAAAUGAGAAAUUGUUAGGUAAGCUUGUUCGUGAAAAAUACGAUACCGAUUUCUACAUCUUGGAUAAGUUCCCACUAGCAGUCAGACCAUUCUACACCAUGCCUGACCCAGAGGAUCCAAAUUACUCCAACUCCUAUGAUUUCUUCAUGAGAGGUGAGGAAAUCAUGUCCGGUGCCCAAAGAAUCCACGACUACGAUCUAUUACUGACCAGAUUAAAAGCCCACGGAUUAUCUCCAGAAGACCCAGGUUUGAAGGAUUACGUGGAUGCCUUCUCUUACGGUUGCGCUCCUCACGCCGGUGGUGGUAUUGGUUUAGAGAGAGUGCUUAUGUUUUUCCUAGACUUGAAGAACAUCAGAAGAGCCUCCUUGUUCCCAAGAGAUCCAAAGAGAUUGAGACCAUGA